AUGAACUCUAUUUUAUUGUAAAGCAGUACCUACAACAAUCAAAAAUUCUAAACCUUUAUUAUGAUAAGCAUUUGCAUAAUUUGGAUUUAGUUAGAUUACUUUAUCGUAACAAUCAAUUGCAUCAUUGUAUUUGUUAAUACUCUGGUUGUUUGUUUUAUAUAUCUUUUUAUUGCGAAAUACACCAAUAACCUUUGAAUUAAGAUGGCACUAUAGAUAUAUCAAAGUAAAAAAUUUAUAAAAUUUAUUUGGAACCAAUCGAUUUGUCUAUUUAUUAAAUAACUCUCACUCUACUUAGCGAUUCGAUUGUACUUGUUGCAGAUGAUAAAGGCCACCUUAUUGUUUCUAGAAUUAGAGAUAAUUGUAAAGCAGCAAAAUUAUAUUUGUGUAAUCAAUAUUUACGUCCAUAAUACACAUUUAAUAAGGCGUUUGUUGUUAUUGCUGAUUCCAAUUCAAAAAAAGUUGCUCUGAUUGAUAUUUCAAGGGGCAAAUUAAUUAGAUCGAAAUAUAACGCUAAUUAGUAUUUACAUGUUUAUGGUUAUCAUUAGAAGGAUUCAUAUUAUCUCUCUUUUGAGUCUUUAAAAAUUGCAAACAAAUCAAUUAUAAUUAGGUUUCUGUAGGGAAUAACAGCUAGAGUGAAUACGAAAAAAGUGGUUGAAUUUUGA